GAGGGAAAAAGAAAAGAAAAGGGAAGCCAGUCACAACUUACGCUGAAGAACAGUGUCACAGUCUACCCUAAGUCAUCCUCACUGACUGCCCACAAUCACAACUCCCUCUCUAGAUUCAAUACGGUGCCUUACGAUCUCACUUGUUUUCCAAAUUUCAAGUAAAUGCCAAGUACAGAUAGAAACAUCGAUAAGGAGGAGUAUUGGAAAAUUAUUCACAUUCCAGACAAGGCACCUAUUCCACCACAUUUGCAACCCACAGUGAAUGCCUAUGCGACAGUAAUUAAUCCAAAACAUGCUAACACACUUAUAAGGAGGUUGAAUAAGAUUUUUCCACUCGAAGAUCUUCGCCAUGUGAAGCGCAUAUGCAAGAAGUGUGUUGAAGGAAACGUUCAGUUAUUGGUGAUAUUAUGUCUGGCUUCUGAUGGGAGUGACCAGUCGGAAAACAUACCCAGUGAAAUGGUCGAGCUAAUCAAGUCAUACCAGUUGAGUACAUUUAUCACAAAAGUAUCCAAAUAUGCAGCUACAUCAAAAGAAGAAUGGGAAGAACAGUGCAAGCUAUGGCCAACUUCAUAUCAUCCACCAACCUACAACAUAGACGGCAUCACUGGAUUUAGUGAAGAAAACUCACAAUCAGUUUGUGAGUUCAUGAAAUUAGCUAUUGAUUUGGCAAAAUCUGUUGAUGGUCAGAUUGUAAAUGCUGCUGUUAUUGUUAAUCCAGCAUCUAAUCAAGUGGUAGCAAGAUCGUGUGAUCAGGUUUUUUCGCAGAAUAAUCCUUCAAGGAAUAGUGCUGGAGAAGGGUACCUAGAACCAUGUAAAUUGACAUCUUCUUCCAUCAGUAAUGGACUGCAAACCUAUACAAAUUCAAGUUCAAACUCUUCCUUCAAUGAACAGAAGAGAACAUAUGGUGGCGUUUCUUGUUUACAUCCUUGGCAGUGGGCUGAACAACAGUCCCAAGCAAGUUGUUUUCGCCACCCUUUUCACCAUGCUGCUAUGGUUGCUAUCGAGAAUUCUGCUGCCAGAGAUAGAUAUCUCUUCCCUGCUAGUGAACAUAUAGUUGAUAAAUGCUGGCAGGCUGAAGUUAUGGAUUCACCUUCUACAGUAUCUCCGUCUAAAAAGCAAAAGACUGAAACAAAGGUGGAGGAUUCUGGAAUACAAAAUAGCGAACAUAAUGCCUGUGGUUCCAUGCCAGUCAGACCCUACUUAUGUACUGGUUAUGACAUAUACCUUGUUUGGGAACCAUGCAUUAUGUGUGCCAUGGCACUUGUUCAUCAGCGGAUUAAGCGUAUAUUUUACGCUUUUCCUAAUCACAAUGCUGGGGCGCUUGGAAGUUUGCACAGAUUGCAAGGAGAGAAAAGCUUAAAUCACCACUAUGCUGUUUUCAGAGUCUUUUUACCAGAAUCUAUAUUGGAUAGAGAUGAUGUUGUCACUGCUGUUUCUGGAAGUGAUAAAAACAAAACACAUGUUCUAUAGGAGGUAUACUGUACAAAUUAUCUCACUUGUGAAUUGUGAUUGAGCCUCUAUACUGCAAGAAGAUGUUUACUUGGGUAGAAGGGGGCAAUUUUCCCCUAUAGCUGUUAGGAAAAUUUUCCUCUGUAAAAGAGGGCAAUAGAGCCUAGAGCCUAGAUAUUUAGUAAAAUGAACUGUACUACAUAAGACUAGUUGAUAUGUGAUUGGUUAAUGUACUGGCAUUAGUCUAGACUCAACUUUAAAUCCUUGAGCAAUUUUUGGGUGUUGGCCUUGAGUAUCACAAUUUGUAAGAAAAUGGCCCCAAACACCGGUGCUGGUGCCGAAGAAGAUGGCCACGACUUAUAAUUUUUAUAUUUAAAACGCUAAAUCGUGUAGCUUCUAUC